AUGCUCGGAUGGCUCAGCUACUGCUGCCGCAGUAGAGGUCGCACCCUGCUUCUGCUCGCCGUUGUCUCGGUGACCUUCUUCGUCUUUCAGGUGCAGCAAGCCGAGUUGUUCGGGCAGGCCGCUUCUGUCAACAGCCAGCGCCCACGCAAAGACCGUCUGCUUCGAAGUUCGCCAGAUGCUACUGCGCCGAACACUGUGCCGGAUGCAAACACGUUGAGCACCACCUUGCACAACACUGUCGACACUACUGUGCACACCGCAUCAGACGUUACCUUGGACACUACCUUGGAUACAACCUUGGACCCCCUAGUGGGUCCAGCUUGUGAUGGCGAGCUCUCCCGCUUUAUCAAGCAGGGAUUCCAUCUGCCAGUGCUGUUGUUGGCACACCGCCGAGCUGAGCGGCUGCUGGAAACCCUGACAAGCUUGGCUGCCGUGCGCGGCUUCUCCGCUGACGAGAUUCUCAUCUCCCAGGAUGGCAGCGACGAAGAGGUGGCCAAGACAGUUGAUGCAAGGAACCUUUCGCGGGUCACACACGAUGCCAAGCUGCGUGGGACGAGCGACUGGAAAUCUGCAGCCCUCAGGAUUGCAAGGCACUAUCGGUGGAGCAUUGAUGCUGCGUUCAAGCACUUCAAUACAACUCCUGGCAUCAUCAUUGUGGAGGACGACCUGCGAUUCGCACCCGACUUUUUAGAGUACUUCCAGGCGGUUGCUCCCGUGCUGGAUUGCGACAGCAGCCUUUGGAUCGUGUCUGCCUGGAAUGACAACGGAUUUGAUCACCUCGUGGGAGAGGCCAAGCGGCUGCUUCGCACGCACUUCCUGCCUGGCUUAGGUUGGCUGAUGCUCCGCCGGCUUUGGAAAGAGCUGCAACCAUCAUGGCCGGAUGUUGAGGAGAGGCGACGGGAGGCGCAGAUGAACAAUUGGGACCAUUGGCUUCGGAGUCCACAACAGCAUCAAGGUCGGUCUGUCCUCUAUCCGCAAGUGCCCCGCGUGUAUCACCAUGGCAGCCUGGGCACAUUCAUGAACUUGGAUACGCAUCGGCAGUACUUCCAGCAUAUCUUCUACAACCAGGACCCCAAGAUCACAUGGCAGCGACCCACGGCCGACAGACCUUGGCUGGAUGCGGCUGUUGCAGAUGCUCGACGCGAACCGUAUGAGGCGCGGAUCAUGCAGCAACUUCGACACGCAGAAACGCCGCGAUCAACGUCAGCCCUUGUUGAGGCCCUGGCAUCGGGGAAGGCGGCCGCGCUGGCCGUUUGGAUCAACAUCAGCCCUGAAGAUGUCAAGAAAAAAAGCGGUGCAAAGGAGGGGUUCUCGAGCGUGGCCAAGUUCUUCGGGCUUUGGCAUGAGGGCCAACGCGCUGCGCACCGCGGUCUACACGAGUUGUGGUGGGGGAGGACGCAUGUUUUCCUGGUGAACGUGCACCCGAAGGUGGGCUACAUUGAAGGCUCCUGGCGAGCCGAUGGGCGUUGCGCUUCCACCACUGAUGCUUUCAGCCUCUUUGCAUCGUGCAACCCGGCGAGUAAGACUCCCUGCUGCUCCCCUGUCGGCCGGUGUGAGGGCCAGCCAUCGCACUGCGGAUGCUCACGUUGCUUGGACACGAGGAAGAUGGUCCCGAGCUAUGGGCACCUGCUUCCUGCUGAGUUGAAGCCCUUCGUCGCCCAGGAUUUUGCCGCCCUGGCCCCACCGCGGCGUGUGACUACCCGACUGGGCCAAGGUGGAUGA